CUCGUCCCGGCUGUGCGAGCCCGGUGCCCCUCGCCGUACCCGAGUGCCCGUGCCCGUGUGCGGUGCCCGGCGGGGCAUGUCCUGCCCGCUCCGCCUCCGCUCAUGCCUGUCCCGUGUCCGUCUGUCUGUCUGUCCGUGUGUGCACAUGAGGAGAGAGGAGCGAGGGGAGGUGAGACCGUCGCGUUCGUAGGAAGCGGCGGCAGCCGAUGCGAAGCGUGAACGAGAGCUCUGCAUCCAUCCCUCGGGCUGCUGCCAGCGCACAGACCGCCUCGCAGAAUGCCCUCUUUCGAUGAGGUUUUGAAGGAGGCUGGGGAAUUUGGAAGAUUUCAAAAGAGGAUCUUUUUCCUCCUUAGCCAGACAGGCAUAACUUUUUCCUCUCUGUACGCCAGCGUAGUUUUCCUCGGGCGAGCACCAGGCAACUUCUGGUGCAGGAUCCCUGGGGCCGCGGAAUUAAGCGAACGAUGUGGCUGGACACUGCAAGAGGAACGAAACUUCACCGUGCUGCCCCUGCACCUGCGGAACGAGUCCGUCAGCGGGGAGUGCGAGAGGCUGGAUGUCACUUGGGACGCCUCUGCCAGCUGUGCCAGCCCGCUGGCCCGCUAUGGCAAUCACAGCACGGGCAGCCUGCCGCUCGCCCCUUGCCACGAUAACUGGGGCUAUGAACAACCCCACUCGUCCAUGGUCAGCGAGUAUGAUCUUGUGUGUGGCAAUGCCUGGAUGCUGGAUCUCUCACAGGCCAUCCUCAAUCUGGGGUUCCUGGCUGGAGCAUUCAUCUUGGGCUAUGCUGCUGACAGAUAUGGCAGAAUCCCCAUCUACCUGCUCUCCUGCCUUGGGGUUGGGAUAAGUGGUAUCAUAGUGGCAUUUUCACCAAAUUUCACUGUAUUUAUGAUCUUCCGUUUUCUCCAAGGCAUGUUUGGCAAGGGAACCUGGAUGACAUGCUAUGUGAUUGUGACAGAGAUUGUUGGUUCUGAUCAGCGGAUUGUUGGAAUCGUGAUUCAGAUGUUCUUUACCCUGGGAAUUAUAAUUCUCCCUGGAAUUGCAUACCUGAUUCCCACCUGGCAGGGGAUCCAGCUGGCCAUUUCUCUACCCAACUUCCUCUUCCUGCUCUACUAUUGGGUGGUUCCAGAAUCUCCACGUUGGCUCCUGACACGCAAAAAGGGAGAGAAGGCACUAAAAAUCAUGCGCAACAUUGCAAAACACAAUGGGAAAUUUCUCUCACCACAUUACUCAGAGAUCACUGUUAGCAAUGAGGAGGUCAGCAACCCCUCCUUUCUCGACCUGGUGAGGACUCCCCAGAUGAGGAGGAACACACUCAUCCUGAUGUACGCCUGGUUCACAAGUGCCCUUAUCUACCAAGGGCUUGUCAUGCGCCUGGGAAUUAUCGGAGGAAACCUCUACCUGGACUUCUUCAUCUCAGGAGCUGUGGAGCUGCCUGCUGCUUUCCUAAUUAUUGUGACAAUUGACCGCUUUGGCCGGCGCCUGCCCUUCGCCAUGAGCAACAUCGUGGCCAGCAUUGCGUGUCUCAUCACUGCCUUCCUGCCAGAAGAUAUCCCAUGGCUCAAAACGACACUUGCCACGCUGGGAAGACUGAGCAUCACAAUAGCUUUUGAAGUAGUCUAUCUAGUGAACAGUGAAUUGUACCCCACGACACUGAGAAACUUUGGUGUUUCCCUGUGUUCAAGUCUGUGUGAUCUUGGUGGGAUCAUAGCCCCAUUCCUGCUUUUCCGAUUAGCAGCCAUCUGGUUGGAGCUACCUCUAAUUAUUUUCAGUAUUCUUGCAGCUGUCUGUGGCCUUCUAGUAUUGCUUUUACCAGAGACAAAGGGAAUCCCAUUACCAGAGACAGUGGAGGAUGUGGAGCAGCUUCCAAGUCAUUUUGGAAAAUGUGGCAAGAAACGGAAACAGCGGGACACCAACUCUUACAUUUGACUUUUGAAGGACAGCACUGAGCUAAGAACUUUGUUCCCAUACUGGGAAUUUGUUCUCUACCUGCCACCACUUCAAAAUUUGCUGCAGAAUAUGGAUUAAACUUCAUGUUCUCCUUCUAAGCACAAGGACAUUUAAUACAAGUAGUGUAUUUUUCUAUGAAUAUGGAAUAAAUACUUUUUUUCUGAGUAUACUGUUUGCAAGAAGGGACUGUGGUUCUUCAUAGAGAACAGAACAGCUUUAAAAAUAUGGAAUGUCCAGCUCAGUGACCUUGUAUUUAUUUCUGCAUCUAUUUGAGACACUUGUUUAUUGUUUUGUUAGAUUUGCAUUUGUGUGGGAAGGAUUUAAAUGGUAGUGCUGUUUAAGUUUUAGAUGACCUGUAGGAGAAGAGGAUGACUAUUUUAACCUGUCCUCCUUUGGCCCUGAGGACCAAUAGAAGUUAUGAUGGCUAAAGAAGGAGGGUGCUGAUCAGGGUGACUCUUUCCUUGGUUGAGAGGGACAGAAAUCAGCAGUGUGCAUCAGGAGAACCUCCCUCUAGUCUGAUUGUCGUCCACGGACUCUUUUCAACAAAAGCUCUGCCUCCCUCCUUGUUCAAGGGCUUUCUGAAAUGUGGAAGCAGUCCUCCUCACCUUUCCAGGGCUGUAUAUAGGUGUCAUAACCUGGCAUUAGCUCUGCAGAACAGAUUGUCCUGCUGCCCAUUAGUGCCUUUCCCCAGGCACAGCUGGGUUUCAUGUGACACCCCUCAUAUCUCAAGGGGAAGGACUUCUGCCUGCUCUCCUCUCAUCCUCACCACUGCCAAGACAACCUGCAAUUUCUGUCUUCUGUUCAUUAUCGCUAUUUGUCAUCUUUCUGUCUUGGGAAUAAUUUUUUUGACAAAGAUGCCAAGCUGUCUUGGGUGGGGAUGAGCCAGGAGUUUUGGUUAUGGAGGGAAAUAAGUGUUAAUUGGUCCUGGGAAGCUGACCUGUAACAGAAUAACUCUCUGGCUCUGCAAGCAGAUUCCAGGGACAGACUGCCUUUCCUUUCUCCUGUAUGACCUUCAUCAAGAAUUGUGCCCUGGCACUGACUGGUGAACAAUACACUCCUUGCAGGGAAGGACUUGAAAAGAUGGGGCAUUCAAAAGGCAUCCUGUUACUAAUAGAGAAAUAAGUAAAAGACAGUCAGUGAGAUGUUAUAAAGGACCUUAUAUGGUCACAAAAAAACCCCCAUGUUUGGCACAAGCAAAUAUAGGACUGAGUUUGGAAGGUUCAUACCACAAAUCAGUAGCACUCUAGUACAGUCAGUGAAAAUGAAUGACGACUGCUCCAGUCUUGCCAUCCUAUGAUCACAGGAGGAUUUCCUACGGUGAGGAAUAUGCCAUGCUUUUCAAAAAUUCCCAACUCUCCCUGCCUUCUCCCAGAAACUUCCUUAUCACCAGUCUUCUAGAGGAAAACAGGACUUUAAUAAUAAUUCCAGCCUAAUGUUUGCACACUUUAGGCAGUUAGUGAUAAAGGCCUGUCUUUCAAGGCUGUUUCUAAAUUACUCUGAGGCAUAGUAAAGGUCAAAGGUAUGCUUAGCAAAAGUCAAUAAUGACUUGGAGAUAUAAAACUUAAUUAACAUCUCACAAUGUAUACUGGUAUCUAGAAGACACCACACAAAACUGGAGCUACUGCUACUGCUACUUCUCAAGAUGAUAACCCGAGGCAGUCUGGUAGAGACCAGCUCUGAACUGGAAGCUCUGGGCUUGCACUGCUGGGUGCUGUGUCUCAGUGUAGGGUGGAAAGUGCAGACCCCCAGCCACAAAACUCAGCCCAGCCAGCCCCUACUGAAGGCACCUUGGAGAACCAGAGUGAUCACUUGUGAUGCUGGAUGAGCUGAACCACUCUCUUCCUUUUAGUGUUUCUUCUUUGUGAUUGUUUUAAAUUGGUGUCUUAAACACUUUAGCAGCUUUCCCAAUAAAUAUAAAUAAAUACAGAAGACUUUCCCAAUAAAUAUAAAUAAUAUUUGAAGUUUCUUCAGUUUGUGGACGACUGAAAUGCAUUGAGAAAUAAGAGAUGCAAAGACUUGUUUUCUUCCUUCACACUAUGCUUUGCUUUGCAUAGCAUUAUGUGUUGCUCAAAAGAUAUGUAAAUGAUAGAUUUUGUUAGGUAAAAUGGCUUGGGACAGUGUCAGAAGUUUGAAUAUAUUUAUUUCUUAAAAAUUAGUUUUGUAAAGGACAGCAGAAAAAAGCCUAUGCAUAGAUUUUGAUUUCUAAUCUAGUAGUGCUUAAAUAUUUCAGGUGGAGUUUGUAUUUAGUAAUUGCUCCGGUGCUAACUCUUAUCCCAAACAGGAAUUUUGUAAGUGGAAAAAUCCUUCCCAUCUCUGUGAGACUUUGUGUUGCCUCCUGAGGUAUAGUAGGUAUGUAAUGUGGUGUAUGACCAGUGGUUUGGUAGUACAAGGUGGGGUUACACUCUUGUGGGUGAGAGAGGACAGAUGAGGUGGUGGUACCAACUGAAGAGCUUCAGCGAGGGAGAACCCCAAGAUGCAUGAAGACUACAGGAUAGGCUGUUUGUUUAAAAAAAGAUAUUCUAAAUUCAUAUGUGCCUCAAACCACUUAAUACUUACAGGAAAAUCCUACAAGCUUGUCAGGAGGCACAGCAGUGUUCUAAGAUGCAUGUGCUGACAAUAAAAUGGCUGUUGUGACCCAGCUCACACAGUGAGAGGCACAUUUUCAACGAGGAACUGCACUCUGUCAGCUCUAAUUGUCCUGCACAUGUGUCCUCCAGAGGCACCAUGAAAGAUGUGAUGUACACACAAGGGUCACUGUACCAUCACUGAAGGCACACGAUCAAUGUGACCUCAGAAACCCAGCUGUGUUUUCCCUCUUGGCAAAGAGGUUUCUUGGACCAACCAUCAGAUGAAAGUACUGUUUUGGGUCAAAUGUGCCUCUGCCACCACAUGCACUGGGUGACUUUAUCCAGGCUGUGCAAAUGGUUACCAUAAAAAGUGGCAAUUUUUAUUGCCACUGAUAGUCUUGCAGAAGGAAGAGAUCACAAUUGGCACUGUUUGAAGGGUUAUGAGGUGAGACUUUUGUGGUCGCUCAGGCAUAUCCAGGCAUUACUAGCCAGUCUGGCAAGGAGAGCAGGGCCAAUGGUUUCUCUGUCUACAAGCCAGGCAUUAACCAUGCCUCCAAGAGUUUACAUUUGAAGAGCUUAACAACUCAAAGUCCAAGCUGCAACACAGAAUUUCUGUUGUCAGGGAGGCAUUGUACAAAUCUCUUGGCUGGCUUAAUCAUCGAAGUGGAUAUACACAGAAAAUAUGCAGGAGAGUAUUUGUACUCAGGGAAUCCUUCUGAGCAGUCAGGUGGGUGGUGUGUGCUCUACCAGAGCUCCUCCUACGCAGGAAGGCAACACCCUGAGAUUAUUUCAUUUCCCAGAAUCAGACUCCAGAUGUAGAAGCUUCAGGAAUCACCCUGCCACCUAACUAUGCUUAAUAGUUCUCAUCUCCCUUUAAGGCAAUGGGAGACCAAACCAAACCAAACCAAACCAAACCAAAUCAAACCAAAUCAAACCUGCUAGGAUGCAACACAUCUCUUCUGCAUGUGCAAGCACACAAAAAAUAAAGACAAUUUUAAAAUGACGCACAGUUUGGCUUGUCUGGGAGUGCAGAAAAUGGACAAAACAAAUCCCACCUCAGAAAUUAGCUGUGUUACUUGGAAUAGACUCAGCACACCCUGGGAAUGCCAGAGGGAGCCCAUGCAGAGCUGGGGGACUCCAGAUGCCUGUGGGGAACUGCCUGGUUUAUGUGUCAGAGAGGCAGGAUGUGAGCAGGAGCUCAUAGUCAGUAAUUGUUUUGCUUUGACAAGCAUGAGUCAAGCUUUGCCUGGGGAGCAUUUUGAAAGCUGCACUCCCUAUAACCACAUCUGUACAUAACCUUUUAGAGGAGAGAAAUAUGCAUCUAACAAUUAUGUAGUCAGAUAAUGUUAUACAAAGAAAUAAAUGGGUACUAUGGACAACACAAUUUUAUAAUAGGUAGAUGCCUUGUCACUAUUUGUGGUAACUAUUAUUUUCUUCUCUUUACUAGGGACCAACUUUAGGGACUAACUGGUUUUUUAAUUCACUGUUUUAUGGCUUUGAUGCAGUAUUUAUA